AUGCCACAGUUAGAUUUCGAAGCGUUAGUUUCCGCCUUAUCCGGCGUCGCCACCGACCAUAAAAUCGCAUGCGAACCAACGGAAGAAUCACAACCAGAUCAUCAUCCCGACUCACCACCGCCUGAAUCGUUUUGGCUCUCCAACGAGGCGGAAUUCGACUGGUUUGACAGAAACGCCGUCUACGAACGAAACGAAUCAACCAAAGGAAGUUCAAUUUCUCAAAACCUAAACCCUAGUUCAGCCUCAAACUCGCAGCGAUUCUCCAAGAACAUGAAGAAAUCCAAGGCUACGAUAAUUGGAUUGCCCAAAUCUCAGAAAGCGUCUUUCGCUGAAGUUAGGUGCCGGCGGAAUCAUCGGCCGGGAAACAACACAAGGUUGUUUCCGAAACGAAGUGCGUCGACCGGAGGAAAAUCUGAUUCUAUUGUUUUGGAGCCUUCGUCUCCGAAGGUUUCAUGCAUAGGAAGAGUCAGAUCCAAACGGAGUUGUAACCGCCGGUUGAGAACUCGUCAGAGGUCGAUCUCCUCCACCACCACCUCCGUCACCGUCGUUAGACAAAAAUCUUCGCGUAGUCAAAGAAAGAAGAAAACCGGUUUCAUCCAAAGCGUUUGUUCAAUUUUCCGAAGCCACCGGAGUGGAAAAUCAGCACAGAAAAUUGAUCUUGAUCUUGAUCUUCCACCGGGAGAUUCUUCCUCAAGAAAGAAGAUACUGAACCGAACCGAGGCGUCGUUUGAAGAAUCGGUUCACAGUGAACCUCCCGGUUUGGGUUCAAUGAACCGGUUUGUCUCAGGGAGGCGGUCCGAGUCAUGGGGAGUAGGUGACUCAGAAAUCAACUCUUCACAUUAG